AUGGACCAUCCUUUCUUUCAAACUGACCCUUCUCUACUGAAGUCGUUUAGUUACACCAGCUUGACCAUGAUUGCAAAUGUGUGCUUGGAAUGGAGCGGCCAUAUUUUUGAAGUCAUAUAUGAGGGGAGAAAAUUUGUGGGCUCUGCUCUGAUUGGAAUGGUAGUGUGGUUGAAGGUUGAACUGUGCAAGUUGCUGGAGGAGAAAAGAUCUGCUGUACUCAGAGCUGAGGAGUUGGAGACAGCUUUGAUGGAGAUGGUCAAGCAGGAUAAUCGGCGGCAAUUGAGUGCUAAGGUUGAACAGUUAGAGCAAGAGGUUUCUGAGCUGCGGAGGGCUCUUGCUGAUAAGCAGGAACAAGAGAAUGCCAUGCUCCAGCUCUUAAUGCGGGUGGAACAAGAGCAAAAGGUAACCGAAGAUGCUCGCAUAUAUGCUGAGCAAGAUGCGUCAGCUCAGAGAUACGCUGCUCAAGUGCUUCAGGAAAAGUAUGAACAGGCUAUUGUGUCACUUGCUGAAAUGGAGAAACGAGUGGUUAUGGCAGAAUCAAUGUUGGAGGCCACCUUGCAGUAUCAGUCUGGUCAACUUAAAGCACUACCUUCUCCCCGAUCUUCACAUCCAGAUUCACAGACACGUGGCAAUCAAGAACCUGCACAAGAUAUACCUGCAAGAAAGAUUGGUUUACUAGCUCGACCAUUUGGACUUGGAUGGCGUGACCGAAACAAGGGGAAAACCAGUACUGUUGAGGAGGCAAGUGAUGACAAGUCUUCUAAUCACGGGCAGAAUCCUAGCGCAGAGCAGGAGACUAAUGGCAUUUCAGCACACAACAAGGAAUAG